CAUGCACAGCUGAGAUCACGGCUUAAAAGUAAACAAUAGCUUUCGUAUUUUCUAAAAUCCACGGCAAUCGGUUGGACACACAUAUAAAUAUCAAUACGGCACUGCAGCCUCAGUGAGUGUUUAAAAAAUAAAUAAAUUGAAUUUGAUCUCAUUUGAAAUUGAUCAGUGCCAAGUGUCGAACGGAAAUUCAUAUUAAUGUGUAAAAAGUGAUUCACCAAAACCUAGAGUGGAAAGGCGAUUACCCAAUAAGUUGCCAACAAAAAUGGGAAACUCGAAUUUCAUAACAUUCUUUGUUCUACUCGCUGCACAAUGCGGCCUAUGGUCCACUGCUGAAUCGCUCCAACUGAACUUAACCGAAAGCUGUGCGAACACACAAAUCGUAUAUUGUACUUUGUCUAACAUCACCGCAACGCUUAGUGACCCGCUGACCUUAGUCAAUGCCACUGCUCCCCAGUUGUACGAGUUGGUGCUGCGCGAUUCGCUAAUCUUACGUAUACCAACCGCGCUCAUUGCACUGGCACCCGCGCUGCGCUCACUUUUCAUGCACAACUGCGGACUAAAUCGGAUCACUACCUUUGACUUCCCAACCGGUCAUUCGCUACGCACUUUAGUGCUGCAAAAGAAUCGCUUCUUUGAUGUGCCAGAGAAUGCUUUCGUCGCCAUCUACGAACUGGAACAGCUACAGCUCGCACGCAACAUGAUACACAUGGUGCACCAAAAUGCAUUUAACGGUUUGGGGAAACUGCGGUAUUUGGAUUUGCAACAAAACGAUAUACGCGAGCUGCCUAAGUCAUUAUUUGAGGAUCUCGUCAAUUUGGAGCACAUCGAUCUGAGCAGAAAUUGUAUUGAGAAAAUCGACGUCACCACUUUUCAUCGAAAUCUGAAGCUUCAAACGCUGCUUUUGGGUGAUAAUAGAUUCUCGCUGUUCGAGCCGAACUCCUUGGAACAUUUACCGCGUUUACACCUACUCGACAUCAGCAACAGUUUGGUCAAUGAGCUGCGGCUACAAUCUGUCGACACGCUGUUGGUGCAGGCCAGCACGUUGCAGUACAUCGCUAUCGCGGGUAGCGCAGUCAAAGUGCACGCCGGCAAUAAUCAGCUGACAAGCCUGAAUAUCACCGACAAGCUGAGUGUACGUGAACUGGAUUUGCAUGGCAAUCGGCUUGAGUCGCUGGAAGAUUUAGUGGGCAUGUUGAAUCUGCAGCGUCUCGAUGUGUCACGCAAUCAGUUGCAAUCGUUGCGCACUUCGCACUCGCCACUGUACCUACCGCUGCCGAAUUUAGUGCACCUAAACUUGGCGUCCAAUCAGCUACAGAAUCAGACGCUGGAGAGCUUUCUAGUGCUGCAAAAACUGACGCACCUCGAUUUGGCCUUCAAUCACUUGUUGCAUUUGGAUCAACGUCUAUUCGAGCCACUUGUCAAUUUGGAGAAGUUCUACAUCGAAGGCAAUCGUCUGCACACUUUUGAUUAUGAACAAUUGGUCGCUAAGCACGAGUAUCUAAAAGAAUUCGGUAUUUUCGAAAAUGAGUGGGAUUAUCGUUAUAUGCGCACCAUGCUUGCCUACCUAAAAGAGCAUAAUAUUCAGCUACCGGUACGUUUCACUUCGAACAACAACAAUGGCAAUAACAAUGCGGGUAACCUGUUUGGCUCAACCUUGAAUACACUUUCCUCUGGCGAUAAGGUAACUCACCAUCGCUAUGCAGCCACGGCCAGUUCUAUAGAUGAUUCCGAUGAGCGUUUAGCUGAGAUAACAGCACCGUCGAUAGCCAAUAUCACGGCCAUUAAUCAGUACUGGACCACGCGCGAUGUGCUUACACUGAUUAUAUUGUUGUUGGUGUUACUGAUACUAUUCCUGCAGCUGUUUAGCGUCCUACGCGAAGAGGAGUGUCUGCCCAGUUGUUGCAAUAGAAUCGCAAGAAAUGCGCAUUCGAAUGCACGCAGGCGAUUGGAGGAAGAGGAGGAAGAUUCCGAAGUGUAGAGCUUACCUACCUGGUUUUUUGGUGACAAAGACGCAGAUAUGUUUGUAUGUAUGUGGGUAUAUAGUAAUUUCUGAAACUUAAUUUUGUGGAAUAAAAUGUUCGUUAAUUUGUGUAAAAUA